CGUCUGAUUACUUCCGGUUGACGAAGGGUCCUCGUUCUGUUGUGGUCUUGCUUGGAUCUAGCGUGCAUAUUACGUCUCGGACCUUCGAAUAAUACACUUCGUUUUCCCCCUUUUUCAGAUUUUAGCGCAGUGAUACUUUUGUACGACAUUUUUUAUUAAGACAAUGACGGAGGACGUCCAGAAGCACUCGGUCCACACGCUGGUCUUUCGCUCGCUCAAGAGGACUCAUGACAUGUUUGUGUCGGACCAAGCCAAGUACAUUCCAUUGGACGAACAAAGUCACAAGCUGAAGAUGGCGGUGAAAUUGAAAGCAGACUACGGCGCUGUCCUCCACAUGCCCAUCUUGAAGGAAGUCAAAGAGCGAGUCCCUCAGCCCACCAGCAGCAUGCAGCUUCAGCUCGGCUACGCGCAGCCAGUGUCUGAUGAGCCAGAGUACACAAUCACUGGAACACAUGCUUACCCUUCUGGACCUGGAGUGGCGCUGACCGCCGACACAAAGAUACACAGGAACCCCAGCGAGGCCGGCGUCCACUCCAUGGCGUUGGCGCUGCCGCCAUCACAGGCCAGCCAAGAUGCCAGCCGCACCGCCGCCAGCGUUCCGGAGAUCCAUCGGCACGCCGGGGCAACUGAGCGAUCUCACCCACCUUCGACCGCGUUGUCACUCAUGGAAAGUGGCGGCACCAGGACAUCUGCGCUCAUGAGGCGAGCCCCCACCAUGCCCAAGCCUCAGUGGCACCCGCCAUGGAAACUCUUUCGGGUCAUCAGCGGUCACCUCGGCUGGGUGCGCUCCAUCGCCGUGGAGCCCGGCAAUCAGUGGUUUGUCACCGGCUCGGCUGAUAGAACCAUAAAGAUCUGGGACCUGGCGAGCGGGAAGCUGAAGCUGUCGCUCACCGGACACAUCAGCACGGUGCGCGGCGUGGCGGUCAGCAGUCGCAGCCCCUACCUGUUCUCCUGCGGCGAGGACAAGCAAGUCAAGUGCUGGGAUUUGGAGUACAACAAGGUGAUCCGCCACUACCACGGCCACCUGAGCGCCGUCUACGGCCUGGAUCUGCACCCCACCAUCGACGUGCUGGUGACGUGCAGCAGAGACGCCACGGCCAGGGUGUGGGACAUCAGGUCCAAAGCGAACGCGCACACGCUCACCGGGCAUACCAACACGGUGGCCACGGUCAAGUGCCAAGCUGCAGAGCCGCAAGUCAUUACCGGGAGCCAUGACUCAACCAUCAGGUUAUGGGACUUGAUUGCCGGCAAAACCAGAGCGACGCUGACAAACCACAAGAAGUCCGUCAGGAGCGUCGUACUGCAUCCCCGACAGUACACGUUUUCCUCUGGCUCUGCCGACAACAUCAAAGAGUGGAUGUUCCCCGAUGGCAAAUUCAUCCAGAACCUCUCGGGGCACAACGCCAUCAUCAACACCCUGGCCGUCAACUCCGACGGCGUUCUCGUCUCCGGAGCCGACAACGGGACCAUCCACAUGUGGGACUGGAGGACCGGCUACAACUUCCAGCGGAUCCACGCCGCCGUGCAGCCCGGCUCCCUGGAUAGCGAGUCGGGCAUCUUCGCCUGCACGUUCGACAACUCGGAAAGUCGUCUGAUCACGGCCGAAGCGGACAAGACGGUCAAAGUGUACAAAGAGGAUGACACCGCUACGGAAGAGAGCCAUCCAGUGAACUGGAAACCGGAAAUGUUGAAACGAAAAAGAUUCUGAUUCCCCCUUCGACCACAUUAAAUCCCUUUGUUUGUUU